AUGAGUAAGACUAGGCGGCGCAGGGGCUGUCAGGAAGGAGCAGGGGCUGUCGGGAAGGAGCAGGGGCUGUCGGGAAGGAGCAGGGGCUGUCGGGAAGGAGCAGGGGCUGUCGGGAAGGAGCAGGGGCUGUCGGGAAGGAGCAGGUGCUGUCGGGAAGGAGCAGGUGCUGUCGGGAAGGAGCAGGGGCUGUCGGGAAGGAGCAGGGGCUGUCAGGGAGGAGCAGGGGCUGUCGGGAAGGAGCAGGUGCUGUCGGGAAGGAGCAGGUGCUGUCGGGAAGGAGCAGGGGCUUUCGGGAAGGAGCAGGGGCUGUCGGGAAGGAGCCGGGGCUGUCGGGAAGGAGCAGGGGCUGUCGGGAAGGAGCAGAGGCUGUCGGGAAGGAGCCGGGGCUGUCGGGAAGGAGCAGGGGCUGUCGGGAAGGAGCAGGGGCUGUCGGGAAGGAGCAGGGGCUGUCAGGAAGGAGCCGGGGCUGUCAGGGAGGAGCAGGGGCUGUCGGGAAGGAGCAGGGGCUGUCGGGAAGGAGCAGGGGCUGUCGGGAAGGAGCAGGGGCUGUCGGGAAGGAGCAGGGGUGUCAGGAAGGAGCAGGGGCUGUCAGGAAGGACCAGAGGCUGUCGGGAAGGAGCAGGGGCUGUCGGGAAGGAGCAGGGGCUGUCGGGAAGGAGCAGGGGCUGUCGGGAAGGAGCAGGGGUGUCAGGAAGGAGCAGAGGCUGUCGGGAAGGAGCAGGGGCUGUCAGGAAGGAGCCGGGGCUGUCAGGGAGGAGCAGGUGCUGUCAGGAAGGAGCAGGGGCUGUCAGGAAGGAGCCGGGGCUGUCAGGGAGGAGCAGAGGGGAGCUCCGACACAAUGUUCUGGCCUUUGAUGUGUGCUGUGCGGUAUGUGUAGGAGUGACCCAUAUUCACUCUCCCCAGUGGCUCCACAAGGAACCUCACCACACAACUGCGCACGGAUUGAAAAAACGUACCAGGAAGGCCUUUGGGAUACGGAAGAAAGAGAAGGGAGACAAAGACAAUGACUCCACGGGGUCCCCUGACAGAGAUGGGGGUAAGAAGGCCAAUGGAGCAGCUGUCAAUGGGUUCUCUGGAGAGAUCGACUGGGACAGAUAUAACACCCCUACGGUGGACGAUGAAGGUUACAGUCUCAGGCCAGAUGAGGAGGAGGGGCCAGGAUCAGCCCCCAAGGAGCACUUCUUCUCCUCCAGCGAGUCAGAGGGAGAGGAGGACCACCGGAAAAAGUUUAAGAUCAAGAUCAAACCGUUACCAGCGGAAAGUGCCAACUGUUUGGCCCCGUCAGUAGAUGAACUCAAAGCCUCCAUAGGCAACAUAGCUCUGUCUCCCUCUCCUCUGGUGAGUGAAGAGAUACAGGUAGCUCGGCCAAGACGUUCUGCACCCAUUGCAGCCCCCACGUUAGCAGCCCCGGUGCUACAAGCCCCCAGAAGUAAGAAAUCCCCAGCAGUACCACUACCAGAGAAGGAACCAGCCCCAGUACCAGCCCCAGUACCAGCCCCAGUACCAGAGGACACUACAGCCUUAUUUGGACCUCCCCUGGAGACAGCCUUCAGAGAGCAGAAAACUGAAGUGGGAAUAUCUGAGCAGGUGGUGUGUGACGUGUGGGGUGCUCCUCUACCUGAGUCUGAGUCACUGAGCCCAGACUUCUCUUUCACCAGAACCUUCUCCACAGGAAAAUUGUCAUUAUCGACAGAAGGCUCAGAAAGGAAGACCUCCAUCCCAAACCUGGACAACAUUUUCGGCCCAGCGGAGCCCUCUGCCUUUGGCGAGGAGUCUGCCGACAAGUGGGUCUGCUUCAGCGAGGAAUUGGCAGCCUCUGAAAGACCGCCCCCUCCGAAGGACCCAGCCCCGCCCCUAUCAACGUCCCCAGCCCCUCCAGAAGAUCCCCCCGCCUCUCCUGAAGAACCGGUCUCUUCUUUACCCACCUCUGAAACCCCUACAGAGGAACCAGCACUCUGCCUACCCACAGUCCCACCCGUGCCUAAAGACCCUACACCCCCACCCACACCACUUCCACCAAAGGACCAUACACCACACCCCACUCCUCUACCCACCAUUGUCCCCCCUCUUGACCCACCCCCCAGCAUUGCCCCUGUUCCCCCAAUCCCUUCACCCCCCAGUGUUGCCCCUGUCCCCCCUGCGGUCCCCUCUCCUCCCAAAGCAAGAACACCUGUCUCCCCCACCAGCCCCCCUGGCCAUGCCAUUGUGGACGAGCCCUCACGCACCAUAGCCCCACCCCUUGUCUUUGUCGAGGAGGAACGGAAGAGUCCUGAAGGGGCAGCUCCGCCUGUCCCGCCUGCCCCAUCGAACGAGGGCCUUGUUGAAACCGCCGCCUCGCCCAAAGAUGUUGGUCAGGUGUCCCGUGCUGCCCCUCCACCUCCUCCACCCCCUACGUACAGGGCAGUUGUGUCCUCGCCAGGACCCACGACAGAGGGCAUGGGUAGUGGAGCAUCCUCUCCGGCUCGUCCUGCUACACCGUCAGCUCCAUCAGCGGUUUUCAGCAGCCCCAACCCGCCCCCUCCCCCUCCACGCCCCACCUCACGACCCAAAUUGCCCCCUGGAAAACCCAGCAAGGGGGACAUGAGCCGGCCCUUCAGUCCCCCGGGCAGUCACUCGUCCAGCCCCCCUUCCAUUGCCCCCCUGGCCCGGGCCGAGAGCACUUCCUCUAUCUCCCCCAACAACUCCCUGAGUGCAGCCACCACCCCCACCGUCGGUAAAAAUCUCACCCUUUCUGUGUCAGAAGAUGAUGCAUUUGUAGACAAACUGCCUACUUUUGGGAGGCCCUUUGAUUCUCUGGCAGAGAAUGACCAGCCUUCCCUGGUUUGGUUUGACAGAGGGAAGUUUUAUUUAACCUUUGAAGGCUGCUCCAGGGGACCCAGCCCUCUCACCAUGGGGGCCCAGGACACCCUUCCGGUGGCGGCAGCUUUUACUGAAACGGUCAAUGCCUUCUUCAAAGGAGCCAACCCUAACAAGUGUGUUGUGAAGAUCACAGGCGAGAUGGUGCUGUCGUUUCCAGCGGGGAUCACACGGCACUUUGCCAAUAACCCGUCCCCUGCCGUGCUAACCUUCAGCAUAACCCACUACAGCUGGCUGGAGCAUGUGCUGCCUAAUCCCCAGCUACUCUGCUGUGACACCGCCACAACACCCAACCCUGACUGCAAGACCUUCUGGGUGAACAUGCCAAACCUGAUGACCCAUCUAAAGAAGGUGGCCGAGCAGAAACCCCAGGCCACAUACUACAAUGUGGACAUGCUCAAAUACCAGGUAUCAGCGCAGGGCCUCACGUCGACCCCCCUGAACCUGGCAGCCAGUUGGCGUUGUGAACCCACCAGCACGGACCUCCGAAUAGACUACAAGUACAACGGCGGCUCCAUGACAACGCCCGUGGCGCUCAACAACGUCCAGUUCCUGAUCCCCGUAGACGGAGGGGUCACCAAGCUACUGGCUGUGCUUCCCCCCGCCGCAUGGAAUGCAGAGCAGCAAAGAAUCCUGUGGAAGAUUCCUGAUAUUUCCCAGAAAUCUGAAAAUGGAGGCAUUGGCUCAUUGUUGGCACGGUUCCAGCUGUCGGAGGGCCCCAGUAAACCCUCUCCCCUAGCGGUCCAGUUCACCAGCGAGGGCAGCACUCUGUCAGGCUGUGAUAUAGAACUGGCUGGGCCAGGGUACCGCUUCUCACUCAUCAAGAAGAGGUUCGCUGCAGGAAAAUACUUGGCAGACAACUGAUACUUCAUACUACUACUGAACAAAUACACUGGAGAUCAUCAUCUCAAUGAACUAAUGAAAUCCCAUACUACAGAGGACAGACCUACACCACCACCUCCCUACAGACAGACACUUCUUUCUAAACCCGCGAGCCAGACAGGCCAAGGCCGCACAGCCUACUGUACCCAGCAGUAUUGUAUAGCUUGCAUAUAGUCUUGUGGACCGUUUUAGGGUGUAAUUAUUGUAUUUGUAAAAUGUAUUCAAAUUGAUUAAUUUCAGAACAUCUGUAUUGCUGCUGCUCUAGACACCCACCCGGGUUUCCCUCUCUAAAGGUACAUGCUUCUGCCUCUCUAUCCCACUCUCUAACGUGUGGUGUUCAAACUUAAACACUGCUACAGCUACCUAGCUACUCAACCGCAAAAUCACAGUCUCGACCGUGAACCUACCACAUAAUACACUGUAUUUAUUUUAGAUGCAACAUCAAAUAUGUGCUAUUAGGAGAGGAUGUAUGAAAAGACCAUUCGGUUGUGCCAUUGAGUGAACUAAGAUGAAUAGACGCACCAUGAUGUCACACUCCUCCAUUCAGUUUGAGGGGCUAAUUCUUGCUUCUCGCAUGCCUCUGAUUGGACACGGUUAGAGCUACCAUGAAAUGCUGGGUAUUGGAGUUUUUAUGUUGUUGGGUUUUUAACAGUUAAUGCGUUACACACUGGCACAGCAGGUUUAAAGGACAUUGUUCAUUUGGAUGGUGACCAUUACCAGACUCCUCUCUCUUCUUUGAAUGCAGUGAUUUAACACCGGGUUCAAACAUAUACUCUCAACAUUUUCCUCAGAAAAUAUCAGAAAGUCCUGAGUAGUUAGGCAGCUGCAACAAUAAAUACAUUCUUGGUUGCAAUAUAAAACAAAUAUAAUAUGUUUCCCUCAAUAAAAAAACCUGUACAAACUCUCAUUUUAAAUUAAUAAUAUUUAUCUGAAAGGGCGUUUGGUGUUUUCCUUGUAUUGUCAAAUAGCCUUUCUGUUGUUCCUGACACAGCAGUGGUAGACUUACUUCAGAGUACAUUACAGCAUUCUAUUUUUAUUUAUUGAUGAUAAUGAUUUAAAAAGUAUGUAAAAAGUAUGUGAUUCUGUAUAUGAAUAGAAUUUGAAUGGUAUCGCAAUUUAGAAUGACGGUAUCAAUAUUCUAAUGAUCUUUUUUUGUUAUCUGUGUAGUUGAGUAACCUGUGUACAGUAUAAUGUAUAAGGUAUAAUUUUAGAAUUGAUUUCAGAUAUAUAAUUUUUUAACUCAAGUGCAUCAGAAGAUUUGACUACAGUAUAUAUGCGCGUGAGGGGGAUCAAAUAAAAAACAAGAUGAAUAGCAACCUGGAUGCGUACGUCAGGCAGUAUGAAAGCAGUGUUAUUUAGAGUUACACUAAUAGUUAUUACCAUGGAUAAUCAGUCAGGUUUUGACUAUGUUAUGCUCUGUUUCCAAUCACCUCAAUGUGUUAUUCUGCAUCAAACAGCAUGAACUCCCCUUCGGAUCAAACCAACCAGCGCUUGAAUCAAUGGCUUUAUUUUGCAUAAUGGUAAUGGUCUCUGUGAGAUGACAUGGUGACGAGGUUUUGGAGGGAGGUUAGAUGACCAAAACGCUUUUUGUAUUUUAUGUGUGUACUCCAGACAGUCCUCUAAAAGAUAGAGAAAUAAGCGGAAUAUUUUUUUAAACAACAAAAAAAACAUCUUGUUUCAUGUGAAGAACACUGUGCUGAUAUUGUUAGAAACUUCCUGAAUGCUCUGAUAUUCAACAUAGAGAACAAAAUGUGUGUGAUGACAUUUAACUUAAAAGGUCUCCUCGUGUGGGCAUCAUAAGUAUGUCAGCAUACUAUCUGUACUUCAUGAAGCUACAUAGCACCAUUUAUACGCCUGCCUUAGAACUGCCAUAGAAGUGUCGUACAUGUCCAUUUUGUCUGACCAUUUAGUUGGCAUUUCUAAGUAAGGCAUCAAUGAAUUGUGUCAUGUAGCUCUCUGUAUAGCUGUUUAGUGAGUAACACUUUACUUGAACAUUAUUGUACACACCCAACUAUAGUUAACAGAAAUUACAUUGGUAAUGUUAUUACUGUUUAUGAACUAUGUAUGAUCUCUGGUCGUGCUUAUGAUGGAGGGAGGGUUCAAGCUAAGUGUUACGGCAUGGAUAAUGUAAUGUGUGUCUGCAUAAAGUUACGGUAUAGUGUUAAAGUGAAGUGGUCCACCAACCAAUAGACUCGUUGAUCUGUUGUCAUGUUAACUGUGAGAACUGAAGACCAGAGCAGGAAGUGUGUCUGUGUGUGGCGUGCUAAGCUCGACUGCUUUGGGUUCUGUACUGUUUCUCUGUCAACCACAUGUGCAAGCUGUGUUUGUACGGACAAUGUUAAGAUGAUCUGAUGAGAAACUAAGUUUGCUUCUUUCCAAAACCAAUAAAAGUUAUGA